AAAUGUCAACAGAAAACGAACAAAAUGAGGGUGGGGAAGAAGUUAAAAAAGAAAUUGUUUAUCCUUUGAGUGUGACCUAUUGUGGAGCCUGUACAAUGCCUAUAGAAUAUUGCGAAUUUAGUGGGUCUGACAAAUGCAAACAAUGGUUAAUUACCAACCUUCCUGAGGUUGCAACAGAACAAUUAAAAAUUGAUGAGGGUGGGGAAGGGGAACAACAAACGGAGAAGAAACAUCAGAAAAGAGGCGGUAAAGGUUCUACUUCAUCAACAUUAUCGUCAAAACAAAGCAAAAAAGGACAAAAAGAAAUUAAACAAAAAAUUACUUUAAAAACAGAAACGCGAAGCAAAAAUAAAUCUGUGACAAUAGUUAAAGGACUUUUAACUUGCAAUAUUGAUUUAAAAACGGCCUCCAAAUUAUUUUCUAAUAAAUUUGCUUGUGGUUGUUCUGUUGCGGGUACUGAUGAAUUGGUUAUUCAAGGGGAUUUUAAGGUGGGAGAGAAUUUUUUCUUUUUAAAACAAAAAUAUUUUUAAAAUUAAUUUUUUAAUUUUUUUUUAAUUUCUGAAAAUAAUUUUUUUGAAAAUUACUCUCACCAAAUCCCCUACUUCCCCUACUCGUCGUCUAUCAGAUGCCUUACCUCGAUUACUUGCACCUUCCAGCAGAGCAAUACCUUUUCUCUAUAGCAAGAUAUUUAAUAAUUCCUUUCCCCAAAAUGCCCCUACUGCUCCUUCUAUCAUAUGCCUUACCUCAAUUAUUUACUUCCUCCAAGGAGAGGUCGGAACAUAGAC